UGACGAGUUUGUGCCUUGGAAGUGUAGGCUACCCUAGUGGAGUCGAGUGUAUGAAUCUGCUGCGCACCAACAACAAAAACUCUUAAACUUAUUUUUUGGAGAAAAGGGAAGAAAUUACUACAUUGAUAGAUAGCUUAUUAGGGGUAAGAGUUAUUUUAUGAGGCACUGCAGCGAUAGCCAUUCGCUAACAAGCUAAUGCUCAGUUAGAAGCUGUAUGCUCGUUAGUGCUGUACGGCUUCUGUGCGUAACUGCCCUCCGUGCGUCGGUGUCCAGCGUACGGGAUCGUCUUCUGAAGACACUGAGUGGAACAGCCGUCACUGCCCACAGAUUGAAGAGCAUGGAUGGUCUCGCAGCCGCUACAGACUCCCAAGUAACCACCGCCAACGGCGGAUCAGAUCCCAAAAGCCAAGAAGUCACGCCCGCAACAGCAGCGCUGAAUGGUACGGUCAAAGAUGCUGUCCCUUCACCAGGUGAAUCCAACCAAGGCACGCCCACUGAAGCAGGACUGUUGCCCGGAGAGACCGUGGUGAAAGAGGGCAAAGCAGCCAUCUUGUUUCCCAGUGCCAACGAGGUUUUCUAUAACCCUGUGCAGGAGUUCAACAGAGACCUGACGUGUGCUGUGAUAACAGAGUUUACACGGGAGCAGCUGGCUCAGCGGGGGGUGCGGGUCCUGGUGCCCGGGGAGAAGGAACGCGUGGUCGUCAGCCUGUCUGAGGAGGGCCAGGGGAUGGAGCGGCAGCAGGAAGAGGAGAAGGAAAUGGAGGAGGAGAAGAUGGAAGAGCAGGGAGGACAGCAGCUGGAGACUGCUGUUGCGGGGGAGCGCUGUGAGCGUGGGCUGCGUGUGCUGGAGGGUCUGGCCGCGUCCGGCCUGCGCUCCGUCCGCUUCGCCCUGGAGGUCCCCGGCCUGCGGAGCGUCACGGCCAACGACUUCUCUGCCCGCGCCGCCGCCCUCAUCGCCCGCAACGCGCAGCACAACGGCGUCUCGCACCUGCUGCAGGCCAGCCAGCGGGACGCCAGCAUGCUGAUGUACGAAGCCCGCGGACGCAAGGACCGCUAUGAUGUCAUCGACCUGGAUCCGUACGGCAGCCCCGCCCCCUUCCUUGAUGCUGCUGUGCAGGCCGUCAGUGAGGGAGGCCUGCUGUGUGUGACCUGCACGGACAUGGCGGUGAUGGCGGGGAACAGCGGCGAGACCUGCUACAGUAAAUACGGCUCCGUGUCCAUCAAGGCCAAGUACUGCCAUGAGAUGGCGCUGCGUAUCAUCCUGCACAGUCUGGACCAGAGGGCGGGGGUGUACCAGCGUUACAUCGAGCCCCUCCUCAGCGUCAGCGCCGACUUCUACAUCCGCGUCUUCGCCAGGGUGUUCUCGGGCCAGGCCAAGGUUAAGAACUCGGCCAGUAAGCAGGCCCUGCUGUAUAACUGUGUGGGCUGUGGCUCCUUCCACCUGCAGAGAAUGGGCAAGCGCGUCAGCCAGGGAAAACACAUGAAGUACUCUGCAGCCACGGGACCCCCCGUUGGCCCUGAGUGUGAACACUGCGGCCACAGGCAUCAGUUAGGGGGUCCAAUUUGGGCAGAGCCCCUCCACAAUACCCAGUUUGUGCAGAAGGUCCUGUCGGCGGUGUCGGGGAACCCGUCUCGGUUUGGGACGUCCCGGCGGAUUGAGGGAAUGCUCAGCAUGAUCACGGAGGAGCUGGAAGAUGUGCCUCUUUACUACACCCUGGACAACCUGAGCAGCACCAUGCACUGCAAUACCCCCCCACUGCUGCAGUUCAGGUCUGCUCUGCUCCACGCUGGCUUCAGAGUGUCCCUCUCCCACGCCUGCAAGAACGCCCUCAAGACCGACGCCCCCCCCGCGGUGCUCUGGGACAUCAUGCGCUGCUGGGAGAAGUGCAACCCCGUGAAGAGAGAGAGGCUGUCAGAGACCAGCCCGGCGUUCCGCAUCCUGUCCGCUGAGCCCACGCUGCAGGCGUGUUUCGAUGUGCGGGAGGACGCCAACCCCCAGUCCCGCCGCCGCCACCUCACGCGCUACCAGGAGAACCCGCAGGCCAACUGGGGGCCCAAAGCCCGCGCCAAGGGAAGCGGGGGGAUUUCCUCAACACUGGAGGACAAGAGGAAACAGUUCCAGAAUAAGAGGAAGGCUCCGGUCACUGACGCCUCCCAACUCAAGAACUUCCCCUGCAAAAAGUUCAGAAAGGGCACAUGUAACCGCGGCGACGAGUGCUGCUAUUCUCACGAACCUCAGCUGGGGUCGGGCGAAGGACAGAAGAUGGAGUGACGUGACGCAGUUCUCUCUCUCGCUGCCUCCACCCAUCCCUCCUUCUCCCAGUCAUCUUCCGCGCGCGAUCCUCCCCU